AUGAAAAAUAAUAUAGGUUAGUUGGAUAUGAGAACUUUGGUUGUUCAUUUAAGCAGAAAAAUAAAAAUUUAGAAUCCUGAUUUAAGAUAGGGAGGAACCAUAUAAAUAGUUCAUGGUUUAAUAGAGAAUGACAUUUAUAUCGGAUAGAUAUAAUUAUAAGGAGUAGAGUUAGUAAAUUUUGGUUAAUUAGAGAAAGCAGGCUUAACAAUUGAGAAUGUAUUCACUUAAGCAUCCUAAACUAGCAGUAUCGUUGGUUGUAGUUUUCAUGAAGGCUAAGGGAAAUUUUUGAGGAUAUCCAAUAGUAACAAGAUUUCAGUGUUAGGUAAUGUAUUUUAUUCAGGAAUAAAAGCAUUGGUAGAAAUAGUGGAUUAAAAGUAUUUAAUAUUUAAGAAUAAUAUAUUGAUUCAUGUGAAGAAAGCAGGUCCAAGUAAUUGGGCAGUUUUGGCCAACUUUAUAUUUUCUAAGAGCAAUCUGAAUAUUCUGAGAAGUAAUUUAGAUAUAACGGAGAAUAUUGGACAAGGAUCAGAAGACACAGGAUUCUAUAUAGUUUCUACUUAGUGCAAUUAAAUCGAUCAAGCAAAUAUUUAUAAUAAUGUUUGUUCUUCAGCAUAGAAUGCGUGUUUUGCUGUUGUCCAGAGAAAUAGUGCUUGUGAUGCCAUAUCAGAUCUUUAUGCUUAUCAUAGUAAAAUUGGGAUAAUGUUUUCUGUAAAUUCUAGAUAGUUAGAAAUAAAGAAGUUUAUAACUGCUGAGAAUAAGAUUAACAUAAUAUUGAAGGGAUCAUCAAUAAAUGAAAUGAAUAACGUAAUAAAAAUAAGUGAUGGUUAUAUCACUGCUAUUGCUCGUCCUACUUGUAUUACAUGUUAUGAGAAUAUUGAUGUAAACUAUUGCUCUUCCACUCUCGGUAUGCAAUUGGCAACUAUGUCAUCUUAAUCAUUCCUACCUACUGUAGAUAAUUUAUAGUCAGAUCAAUUUGAUUGGAUAAAUACUAAACAAGUAAUUGAUUUAAGAGUUUUGGUUAAUAAUUUAGAAUUCAAUUAAUUUAAAGUUAACAACAAUUAAGUUCCGAAUUGUGUUGAAAAUGCAGUGUUCAGACAACAUCCUCAAGCCAUUGAUAUGACAGGCAGACAUUAUUUAAAAAAUACACUAUGUACAGAUUGUGAAUUUGAAUCUUUGUUAUAUAGAUUAAGAGAUUCAGAUUUUAAUAAGAUUGGAUUAUAUGGUGGAUGUGGUUCUAUGGAAUGCACAGGAUAAAAGAAUAUAUUAAUAGAAGAUUUAACAGGAGACUUCUUUGGAGAAAUAGGAUAAGGUAUAUCGAAUAAUACAGAAUUUGGAUAGUAUGCCAAAUAUUGCAAGAGAAUUGAAUAGUGGAAUGGUUAUUGGUGUCCAGGUAGAAACAUCUAAGUAUUAUAUUUUAUGAGUACUGCUCCAGAACAAAAUACUCGUUUAUAUUCUCCUGUAAUUUUAUCUGAUGGAACGAACAAGAAUAUUUUAAAUAGUUGUUAUGAAUGGAACUGGAUUGAGAGUAGACCUUAGUUCACAAGGCAAUCCAAAUUCAUAGGUUUAGUAUCUGCUAAUUCUAAAAUCAUGUUGAAUACAACUGGAUUAUAACCUACAUCUUCAAAAUUUUGGUUAUCCUAAAAUUCUGAGGUUGAUGUAUAGGAUUAGGUAAUCAUUUCAAUAAAAUUUGAUAUCAAAUUGAUGCCUAAACUAUUUAAAAAUGGGAUUAUCAUUUCACCUAGUUUACUCGAUUCAUGCGGAUCAUACAACUAUUCAUUUACAAAAAAUAAACUUGAAUUUACAUUGACUUAAUAACCAGAUUGUUAUGUAGAAGUGAAAUUGUUCAAUUAUAUUGCUAUUAAAUAGAAAUUUUUAGCUAAUCCCAAAUUAAAUUGUAUUCAUUUUUUGUUAACAAUGAAACGAUUUUACUAAAUUGAUACUUAAUCAACAGUUUGUUCUAAUAACAUAGAUGAAAGUAGGAGAAGACUAGGAGAAUCAGAUCUAGUCGAAAUCACAUUUGAAUGGGCUAUUAUUGACGAUGCUUAACCAGGUACACCAGAAGCUUAUGGAUCCGAAGAGAGAUUAUCUAAAUAUGUUGAUAAGUUAUCUCAAUUCACUGCAGAUCCUGAUCUUGGAAUAUAUGAAAUUCUUUCCUAAUCUUAUGAAUCAUAUAUUCUAACUGACAUCAACCUUCCAAGUUCUGAACCAACUGAAUGUAAGUAUUAUUUAUAACCUUUUAGUACUAGAUACCACAAUAUCUAAUCCAAUCGUUUAAAACAACACUAAUAAUUCUGAUACAUCCUUUUAAGAUCUUGAUAUCAUAUCUAUUAAUGAGAAUGAAAGCGUAAAUUAAGACAAAAACAACAAUGGAAAAGUCAUUAUUUCAAAAGAUUCUGAACCUUUUGAUGACAAUGAUUAAGACUAAGAAUAAUCCUUAAUUAUUAUUCUGUCCAUUGUCGUCCCACUAGUCUUUAUCAUUCUUAUCACUCUGUUGUGCAUAAGAAGAGUAUAACAACGCAAAAACUAAGUGGUAAUUCCUACUAUUCAAAUCUAAUAAAAUGAAACUACAAACAAUAAAUUACCUGAGACCACCUUUAUGGGUAGAUCAGCCUUAAAAACACCCAAAGCAGACUAUAAUGAAAACAUUUAAUUUGUUACAAAAAUCUGA